GUGUGUGCCGGCAUCCCACUCUGGUCGCCGCAGCGAUGGCUUCACCAUGGAAACACUGCAUCCUCCUCCUCCUCCUCUUCCUCCUUCUCCCCCAUCUGAAGUCUUCCUCCUGCCUCGUUGCCGACAGUGUUACUCCGGACCACGAUGAAGAGGUGGUUGAGGCUGAUGGAGGGAUGUGGACGGAGGAGAGUUUGAUGUCUUUAAAGCAGCCGUUCAGACAACAGUCUCCAGAUGUGUCCCGGAGGAACUUACUUCAGAUGCCAGGAGCUGCAGUUCCCUUCCCUCCCCUCAAGGUGUUGUCCGAUGGGGAGCCGUGCGUCCUCUUCCAGGCCAGGAAGCUGUCUCUGCGCUACGAGAAGCAGAAGCAGCUGGACCUGACGGAGAGAGCCUUUUCUCCUCAGACACCUGUGGACACCAGCCAGUCUGUCUGCCGCCAGGACAAGGCCACGCUGGUCAUGAGGUUUGGAGAUGUGGAGGACUUUAAAGGCCUGUCCAUCAGGCUGCAGCUGUCCAACACCUUCCACGAGUCUUCGGACCAGUGGUGGUUCUCGGUGGACAGCGUCUCUCUGCUUUACAACACCUCCGAGGAGGCCGUGUUCAACGCCAGCAACGUGUACGCUCCGGCCUCCUCCUCCUACCACUGCCUCCACGUCAGCAGCCUGCAGCGCUACAGCGCCCUGCUGCUGCCCAGCAGCGAGCCCGCCCGCCGCUGGACCGUCACCUUCACCAACUUCCAGAUCCAGGCCUUCAACGUCACCGCCGGUAGAUUUUCUCCCGCGAGCGUCUGCGCCACCUUCAUGACGCCGGCCAUUCUGAUGGGCCUCGUCACUUCCCUCAUCCUGCUGCUGGUCCUGGCCUACGCCCUGCACAUGGUGGUCCACCUGAAGCACAUCGAGCACGACGAAGAACACAAGGCCGACUACUUCCCCCAAAGCCCCGAACAUCUGGAACACUGCUGUCAGGACUACGACGCAGAGAAAAAUAUGCUGUAGAGUAGCCGAGGGGAUAAUUAGAGACUGUUGCACUUUCAAAAAGAGACACGUCUUAUUUGAUGCUGACACCUGGGGACAUUUUAAACUCAGGAUUAGAUUUUUGAAAUAUACGUUUUCAUUUUUAUUUUAUUUUAGAUGUCAUUUUAGUGAAUUUCUGCAUUUGUUUUUUAUAACAAAAUGAAUAAAAUCUGAAUACAAAUGUU